CCGUCACAGUGCCUGAGAGAACACGCCGGUGACGUGCCGGUCCCCUCCUCCUGCUCGUGGACGCGGAGCAGCCGGCUCGGAGCCCCGAGACGCGAUGGAGAGGACGAAGCUGCCGGGGAGGUGGAGGUGUAGCUGUGCUCGGGUUUUAUGUGCUUAAAAAGGCAUCUGUGAUGAAGCCAGGCGACAGGCAGGGAUCCCCGGGAAGCAGUGGAUAGGAGGAGCAGGCAACCCCCUCCCCGCAGCCUCUCCCUGAGCCCCUCAGACCAGGAAGGCUGUCGAUCCCUGCUCUGACCACAGCGCGGACGGUGAAGACAUGAGUGUUCUGGGAGUCGGUGGAAGUGGGAACUCUCCUAACAGUCCCUUUUUCCUCUGCUGAGAGACCCUGACUUGCUUCCUUCCCACUUCUCUGCAAAAAGCUAUAGAGAAAACAGCACCAUGUACACCUUCCUGCCCGAGAACUUUACACCUGUGAAGCAGAAGCCCUCCAAGGAGCUGAGGCCCAUGCUCGGGGCCAUCUUGCUGGGCCUCAUGCUGUUCAUCGCCGCGGUGGUGGCCUGGUGCUACUACACGGUGUCCCUGCGGAAGGCGGAGCGGCUCAAGACGGAGCUGAUGGACCUGCGGGCGGACGGCUUCGUCAUCAGGAACCAGCACGGGGAGGUGGUGUUCCGGCUGGCCUUCCGCUCGGGCAGCCUGGACCUGGAGUCGUGCUCCAAGGAGGGCGAGAUCCUGAGCUGCACGCGGUCGAGCCGGGGGCCGCUCAACUUCUUCAUCCAGACGGUGAAGCCCAAGGACACGGUGAUGUGCUACCGCGUGCGCUGGGAGGAGCUGGCGGCCGGCCCGGCGGUGGAGCACACCAUGUUCUGGGAGGAUGCCCACUGGUACGGGGGCUCGGAGAUGAGCACCCAGCACUGGCCCAUCCGCCUGGCUGGCUACCAGGAGCCCGUGCCCUACGUGACCAGUGACGUCUACUCCUUCCGCGACAGCUUUGGCGGCAUCCUGGAGCGCUACUGGCUCUCCUCCAAGGCGGCGGCCAUCAAGAUCAACGAUUCCGUGCCCUUCCACCUGGGCUUCAACGCCACUGAGCGCGCCCUCUUCUUCCAGGCCCGCUACAAGGACUCGCCCUACAAGCCCCUGCCGGGGCAGCCGCCCUUCCCCGAGCUCAGCUACCGUGUCUGCGUGGGCUCCGACAUCACCUCCAUCCACAAGUACAUGGUGCGCAGGUACUUCAACAAGCCCUCCAAGAUCCCUGCCGAGAACGCCUUCCGAUACCCCAUCUGGUCCACCUGGGCACUCUACAAGAACGACAUCGACCAGGACAAACUCUUGCGAUUUGCCGAAAAGAUCAAGAAGUACCGUUUUAAUUGCAGCCACAUAGAGAUCGAUGACAUGUACACCCAAGCCUAUGGGGACUUUGAUUUUGACCCUGUCAAGUUCCCCAAUGUGACGGAGACGUUUGCAAAACUGAGGGAAGAUGGGUUUAAGAUCACUCUGUGGACUCACCCUUUCAUAAACUACAAUUCCUCCAAUUUUGGUGUGGGGAUUGAGCGUCAGCUGUUCAUCAAGGAGCCAUCAGGGCGGCUGCCAGCCAUGGUGGAGUGGUGGAAUGGCAUUGGGGCCAUCCUGGACUUCACCAACCCAGCAGCCCGGGACUGGUUCCAGAGCCACCUGCGCCAGCUCCGACACAAGUACGGCAUCUCGUCCUUCAAGUUUGAUGCAGGUGAGACCAGCUACCUGCCCAAGCAGUUCAGCACCUUCCGGCCGCUCUCGGACCCCAGCAUCUGGUCCCGGCGCUACACAGAGAUGGCCAUCCCCUUCUACGAGCUGGCCGAGGUGCGCGUGGGCUACCAGUCCCAGAACAUCUCCUGCUUCUUCCGCAUCAUUGACCGUGACUCCGUCUGGGGCUACGAGCUCGGCCUCAAGUCCCUCAUCCCCACGGUGCUCACCAUCAGCAUGCUGGGGUACCCCUUCAUAUCUGCCGACAUGAUCGGAGGGAAUUUUUUCCCCAAUAAGACAAAUGGGGCAGUGGAGAUCCCCGACCGGGAGCUGUACGUGCGGUGGCUGGAGCUGUCGGCCUUCAUGCCCUCCAUGCAGUUCUCCAUCCCGCCCUGGCUCUACGACAAGGAGGUGGUGGAGAUCGCCCAGAAGUUCACGGAGCUCCACGAGUCGCUGGUGGCCCCGCUGCUGCUGGAGCUGGCCGGGGAGGUCACCGACACGGGCGACCCCAUCAUCCGUCCCAUCUGGUGGAUCUCGCCCCGCGACAAGGCCACUCACAGGAUCGACUCCCAGUUCCUCAUUGGGGACACCCUCAUGGUGGCACCUGUCCUGGAGAUGGGCAAGCAGGAGCGGGAUGUCUACCUGCCGGCGGGCAAGUGGCGCAGCUACAAGGGGGAGCUGUUUGAGAAGACCCCAGUGCUGCUCACUGACUAUCCCGUUGACCUGGACGAAGUUGCCUAUUUCCUCUGGGUGUCCUAACAGGCUUCUUCCCCAGCUUUGGAAUAACCAUGCCUUACCUAGGACUUUCUAACAGAUAAUAAUUCUAAUUGCACAUUUCAUUUGAGACUGGGGUGGAGGAGGGGAAUUAUAUAGACUUCACUUGGGGAUAAUUUUUUUUUUAUUUGGGGAUUGAUCUUGUUUUUUUUAAUUUGGGUCAGUUGGGAAACUCUGAUUGGAUAACAGUAGGCAGCAAAUUUCUCUGUAUAGAUCAAUAAGAAGUUGUCAGUCUGUCUGCAGACAUUUAGUAAACCCAACACCUUUUCAGUUCCCAAGGAUUUCAAGAUGUGGAGGUUGGUUAGUGCCAGUGGUAGCGUUUCUAGUUCUGUGGGAGCACCUGGCAGUGGGUAUGAGGGUGUGUAGUGUGAGAGGGUUGCUGCAGCACAGCCUGCCGUAAGUUUUAAAUUAUGGCAAAUAUAUUCAAAAGGAUAUUUUUAAAAACAGAAAGCAAAAUAUAUAUAUAUGUAUAUAUAUAUAUAUGCACGCAUAUUUUUUUACCCCUUUUGUCUAGCGUGGCACUGGACUAACAGUUGCCCCGUGCUCCUGCUGUCCUGGCUACCAAGCAGGCCAGGUUACUCGAUGUGUUUUAAUUUUAUGGGCUGCUUAUUGCCCGCUGGGACAGCUGCAUCCCACCUCCUCGCCCAUUUGACACCCCGUACAAGGCUCUUGCAUUUGUAUUUUGCCCUGGGCAUCAACAUUGCCUUUCCUAGAGCGGCGCUGCCCAUACCAGCGCGUCCCAUUAGUCUUUUUUAAACAUUUAUGAAACCGCUUUGUUACGUGAUUAUCCUGCUGAUGCCAUCCUUUUUUUGGUUUUUAAGGACAGAUGAGGUUUGUUGCUGGCAGAAGGACCGCCUGGAGCAAAGCCGCUCUCAAGCACUAAGUGUGGCGCGUCCCCAGGAACAGCCGGUUCCCGCGAGCAGCACGUGUCUGGGAUUGGCGGGGAGGUUUGCUGCUAGCCGACUUGCCCGUGGGUGGAAAACACCGGCUUUCUGGACUGAUGGGUCUGUGCCAGCGGGUGUUCUCACUGCGCCCACGGAAACGUUCUCAUCUGAGGUGAAAUUAAACCAAUACCCGCCUCAGGUCGCGGUUAGAGGUGAUGACUUGGGUGAGGGUUUUUCUGAGUCAGCCCUCUUCUCUCUCUGGGAGAGUCCUAAGGAUCCUAAGGGUCUUCCUCAGGCAGCUGGAGGUGGGAUUGCUGUCAGAGGCUUCUGGAGGGGACACGGGGUGAUGUGAUCCUGCACCCAAAGUCCCCUGCAGCUGCAGAGAUGACUCUUUCACAGAUUCCCCAUUUGCUUUUAUAUGGAAAGAUGCAUUUACGGAGACUCAAGACAGAGCGAGCAGGAUUGAAGUCUGGCAGCCUUCCUCCCUAAGGCAGGACAUUCCCGGCUGUGCCCUGGUUUGGGAACGUGUGUCAGCCCCUGAAUUUUUAAUGAGCUUCCGCAGAAGCAGUUGAACUGCAAUGGCUGGGAAGGGUUGGGGCACCAGCCAAGGACAGCUCAGUAUCCUUGGGGCUUCUCCUAGGAUUGUAUCUGGGCUGAGCAAAGGUCCAGCAUGAGUCUGCCACUGAGGGAGAUGGUUCAUGUUUUGGUUAGGGUUGAGUACCAGUGAGGAUCUUUCUCAAAGUACGUCUCCUACCACUGGGCUUUACAGGAGGCAGAAAAAGAGAUGCACUAAGCCUGGGGGUUGUGGUGGAAUCGAGGAGGAGAAAUUUAGGUGUUGGGGCAAAAUCUGAAUCCAGUUUUAUAGUUAGGAAGGGAGGAAGUCUGGUUUGAAGGUCUCUUUGGAACAUCCCUUAAGAUCUGAAUCUGCCCUGCAUAAUUUGGUGUUUCAGCCUCAAAAUGAGAUGUAAGGGGAGCCUUAUAGGUCCUUGCCCAGCUGGAGCACAAGUAUGUUCCAAAGCCUUUUUCUCAGGCUUGUAAUUCUGAAGCACUCAAGCUUGUUCCUCACCACCAGUACAAAGAAUGAUUACAGCACCAGUUACAGAUUCCUUCUGGCAAGGAGUUAAUUCUGGAAUCUCAGCAUCAUUCAUCAGGGCACUAGCAGGACUUGGGCCUUGCUUGGAGGGUGGAGGUGAAGGUAAGGAUCUCCUGGAGAUGAGUCUGGCCAAAGCCUACAGGGAGGACAGGGUGUGGAGAGACCUCCAGAAAUUCAUAAAGGUCAUGCCUUGAUAGGCUCCAGCUCUUCCCUUUCAACCUGAAAUACUUGUCAUCCCUUGGUGUGGGAGUCAUUAGGUGGAGGGGGUGUUGCUGCACAGCUCAGCUCCCAAUGUAGAAGUGGGAUCCUUGGCACAGGACUUCAUGGGAAGGAUCCCAGGAGAUAUUGCAUGUCUUCCCCUGUUUCUGUGCCACUCACCACAUCCCUCACUAGUAAGGGAUGAGACUGUGUGAAGAGAAACACAGAGUUCCUCUUAGCAUCCCUCUGCUAUUAAAAUGAUGGGAGCAGCCAGAUGAGUGCCUUCAAUCUCCUUUCAGUGGUAUCAGGCACUGUCAGGGAGGUCAGGGAGGAAGUUCUCCAUAAGACACACUGUCUUCUUUCCCCUCCCCUCAAAAGAAAGGCUUUUAUUAACAAAGUUUUAGUUUUCUUUUUAUUUAACUCUAUCAUAAAUGGGUAAGAUUAUACAGUACCCUUUUUUUUCUAAAUGCUGUAUGGCUAUUCAGGACUCCAGCAAGAGGAAGGAUAAAGCUGCUGAGAGGAUGUAAGGGCUGGUGUUGGGGAUAGACUCAGCAGUGCUGCCUUAAGGUGUCUCAGGCUUCUAGGUGCCCUUUCCAUCCAACUUUUUACCAAAACCACUACUUCUAACACCGUGCUGUAGCACUGCAAAACUUGAGGAUCUCUUGGACCUUGUAGACCACAAGCUCUGCACAGACACCUUGAGAACUGCUGGUAGGGGGAUUUCUCUGAUUUACACCGUGAGUCACUGGCCAAAGCAAGAAUUAGCUUGUCUCAGCAAUGGAAAAGCCCCAAAACAGGUUUGGGAGUUGGAUUCAGCCUUUCCACAUGCGAUGCUCAUGUGAUGGAAGUUUGAAGCUUGCACUGUUGUGUAUCGGGUUUCCUGGGUGCUUGUGUUUGCACAUGCUGUCCUACGUCAGACUGUAAUGCUGGUGGGUCUGUUUUUAACCACUUUUGUAAUUCUUAAUUGGUAUGAACUGUAACAUGAAUCACCCUGAUUGAGAUAAAAAUUUUGGAAAACAAAAA